CUGCGCUCUCCGCCGCACCCACUGGAAGCGCGUCUGUUUUGUUGUGCUGACCGGCCCCGCAGCAUCAGCACCGCGGGAGGAGACCGAGCUCAGCCGCGGCCUCAUGGGGUUCCUCUGCUGACAUGGGAAGGAGGCGGGAAGGGAUUUGGCCACUUACUGCCCAGUUAGCCUUUGUCGAUAUUUGAUUCAUAAAAUUAAUAAUAAUAGCUGAACCUAAAAAAAUCCAUCAUUGCGAUCAACAAAACAAAAGCAUGGCUAAGCAGUACGACGUGCUCUUCCGACUCCUGCUGCUCGGAGACUCUGGGGUCGGGAAAACAUGUUUGUUAUGCCGAUUCACAGACAACGAAUUUCACCCUUCUCACAUCUCGACUAUCGGAGUCGACUUCAAAAUGAAGACGCUGGUAAUAGAUGGAGUCAAAGUACGCAUUCAGAUAUGGGACACUGCAGGCCAGGAGCGGUACCAGACCAUCACCAAGCAGUACUACAGACGAGCACAGGGGAUCUUUCUGGUGUAUGACAUCACCAGUGAGCGAUCUUUCCAGCACAUCAUGAAGUGGGCUAGUGAUGUGGACGAGUAUGCUCCUGAUAAGGUCCAGAAGAUCCUUGUGGGUAACAAGUCAGAUGAUGUGGACAAGAGGCAGGUGGCCACUGAGCAAGGAGUCAAGCUGGCUCAGAAUUAUGGGAUGGACUUCUUUGAGACAAGUGCCUUCACCAACCAUAAUAUCACAGAGACUUUUACACGGCUUGCUGAGCGAGUCCUGGCAGCCAAUAAGAAAGACCUGGACCUUCUCCGGAUGUCCCUCAACGAUGAGCUUAACCUCGCCGCUCUGGAGGAGGAGGAGGGGCUCCGCGAUGGAGCGGCUGGCGACCAACAAAAACAAUGCUGGUGUUAAGGAAAAUAGUGGGUUUUGGUAUAGUGAUGGCAUUUUGUGGAUGGUUGGUUGAACUUUCUCAGUUUAAGAAUGUUUAAAUUAAAUUUGGUUUAAUGCAGAUACUUGUACUUGAAGAUUUGGCUCUUAAUUAAAAAAGCAUUUUUUUAAUUUAACAAUUGGUUUCUUUCAUGGAUUAAAUUUUUUCUUGUUUCAGCUCAAUGGUCUGAAAGCAGUGCCACGUUUUGGCCACAAGAGGGCACCACCUACAUUGCAAAACAGCGUAAAAAAAAAGCACAUUCUGAGGACGAUUCUGUGUUUUCCACUUUCUCUUGGUGUCUGUUGUAACUGCAGCUGCCUUUAGACCACUGUUGUGUUUUCUUUAAACCAAUUUGCAGCUGGUAAACAGUCAUGUGCCCCCGCCUGGGGCACUGCAAGAAGAUAUGGCAAAACUAUUCAGGUUCCCUGUAGCAAAACAGAAGGUAUUUUUCUAUGUUCUGUCUGUGGAAACUGGAUUGAUAACUGCCUGUAUUGCAUUGUAAAUAAUAAAAGCGUUAUAGAUUAUUAAGGUCACUUGGAUACCCUUUUUUCUAAUAUAGAGGGGCGCAUGUAAAGUAUUUACUUUGUGAAAAUUUUUGUUAGUUUUUUCUGUCCUUUCUCCCCAGGUCGAGUUAUUUUCCCCUCGCAGUUUCUCCGAGGGGCAACUGGGAUCUUUGCAUGUGAUACUCUGCUUUUUUUUUUUUUUUUAACUCUGAUAGCAACUUCAGUGAAGUUUUUACUCGUUUGACUGAAAUCAAAAAUAGCAUACUAGACCAGAGUUGCCUCUUGAAGGGUUUACACAGAAUGACCAUCAUAUAUAAGAGGAACACAAUGUACAUUUUUCCAACUUUAUAUGCCUAAAAAGAUACUGAAAGAAAGCAAGUGUUAACCUGUGCUGUGUGUCAAUGGCAGUAUGAUGUAAACUCUAGAGAAAACACAGUUGUUUUUCUGGAAUCUGUUCACUUAUUUGUGGAAUAAACGUAUUUUUUGGAUAUGUA